UUAAAGCUGUUGUACACAUGCCCCUUUGAUUAAGCGAGACCACACAACACCAGCAUUUGAUUAAAAAGCUCUCCCCACCUUUAUUAUUUUCUCUUUUUCUCUCUUAUUAUCUCGGCCAUUCUCGACAGCCGCCACUCACCAACCUCAACGUUCAAUUCAGAUUCUUGAUUUUCCGGCCAAAAUUUGCCGGAACAAACCCCUUAUUUCCAUUCUCAUGAUAUGCUUCCUAAUUCCCAUAACCCUCCUUCUAAACCCAAAACCCCUGAUUUUUCAAAUCGAAAAAACUCAUUUAACUCUCUUCAACCUUUGUUUUCCUUUCAUAAUCCUCGUACAUGGCUUAUUCUCACCAUCCUCCUCUUUCAAAUCCUUCUCCUCCUCAAUAUCCGGUCCCACCUCUUCCCCACCUACAUCACAUCCCAUAAUACCACUAUUACAACCAGAACCGAAGUUGAUAAUGUUACUACUAACUUAUGUCCUUUAGGUAAAGUCUAUGUCUAUGACCUUCCCCAGUUAUUCAACGAUGAGCUAAUACAAAAUUGCAAUGAAUUAAACCCCUGGAUUUCUCCAUGCGAAGCACUGUCAAACGACGGAUUUGGCAAGGAAGCUGACAAACUUUCGAAUGUUAUUCCGACAAGCCUCGUAAACUCGUGGUAUUGGACGGACCAAUUUGCAUUGGAGCUAAUUUACCAUAACCGAAUCUUGAAUUACAAAUGCAGGACUAUGGAGCCGGAAUCUGCUACGGCUUUCUACAUUCCGUUUUACGCUGGUCUCGCAGUGGGAAAGUAUUUAUUUAAGAAUAAUUCAAGUGCAAAAGAGCGUGAUCAACAUUGCAAGUUGUUGCUGAACUGGGUACAAAAUCAAACCUAUUGGAAACGAACCAACGGUUGGGAUCAUUUUAUCUCAAUGGGUCGUAUUUCAUGGGAUUUCAGGCGAUCUAAAGAUGAAGAUUGGGGUUCAAGUUGUAUAUACAUGCAUGGUAUGCGUAGUAUCACACGUCUUCUUAUUGAGAAAAACCCUUGGGACUAUUUCGACAUUGGUGUACCUUAUCCCACUGGAUUCCACCCUAGUACUGUUAACGACAUCACCCAAUGGCAGAACUUCGUACGUAACCGUGAGAGAAAGACUCUUUUUUGCUUUGUCGGAGCGACACGUGGGUAUUUUAAGAAUGAUUUCCGAGGUUUAUUACUGAAUCAUUGUUACAGUGAGUCAGACACGUGUCGAGUUUUGGACUGUGCUGGUUCGAAAUGCUCUAAUGGCACUUCAGAAAUUAUGGAAACGUUUCUUAAUUCGGAUUUUUGUUUACAGCCUAGGGGUGAUAGUUUUACUAGAAGGUCUAUUUUUGAUUGCAUGGUAGCCGGUUCGAUUCCGGUUUUUUUCUGGAAGAGAACGGCUUAUUAUCAAUAUGAGUGGUUUUUGCCAGGUGAACCGGAGAGUUACUCGGUUUUUAUAGACCGGUAUGAAGUGAAAAAUGGGUCGUCGAUUAAAGCGGUUCUUGAAAGUUUCAGUAAAGAAAAGGUGAAGUCGAUGAGAGAGAAAGUAAUAGAGAAUAUACCAAAUAUUGUGUAUGCUAAACCUAAUGAGGGGAUACAUGGCAUUAAAGAUGCAUUUGAUAUUGCUGUUGAGGGUGUGUUGAGGAGGAUUAAGAAGCAGCAAAGAGGGUAUAAAUGGUAAUUAAAAUUGGGAAUUUGAGAAAUUAAGGUUUAGGUAGAAAUGUGGAGCAGCUUUGCAGGUGCAUGAGUAUGGCGGCAGUUAUGUUUAGUUACUGUCUUCCUGCAACAGAUUGCGCCGUUAAUUUGAAAGUAGCUGCAGUUUGGGGCGAAGUUGAUUGAUAUACACUUUUUAUGAUUGUUUAUACUCUUUUAUGCUGUAUUAUUAUGUAGAAUAAGUAGUUUAUAUGGGUGAAUUCUUUGGUUAAGAAUGGUAUGAGAUAUAUGGGGAGUCAUAUUUUGAAUGCAUUUUGACCGCGGUUGCUGUA